AUGCCGGCUGCGAAAGACCACAACGCCAAGGUGCAAUAUGGACGGUCUUUUUCUAACAACGAAACAUCAAUGUCAGCUAGAGUAUACCAUCCAGCAACCAAUCUGAUGCCCCCAUCGCCCCCAACGUCUCCCACGGGUUCAGCACCAUUUUUUGGCGCCAACCGGAGUCAAUCAACUGGAUCUUGGAGCCGGCAGAACAGUCAAGGCGGCAAAUAUUCCUGA